CACAAUUAUCCAAUUGGUGCUUCAUCUUUUUUUUUUCCCUUUUCUAUUGACUCUGUAAACUAAGUCUCACUCUAAGAACAUUGGAUGAGGACAGUAAAAGCCUACUAGGCAACGUGCAUAACACGACAUUGUUGGAUGUAAAUGUAAAGACAUUAUUUUCACAGGGGAGUAUCGCCUAUAAAAGUUCCCUCAUCUCUUUGCCCAAACCCACGACAAAAAGUUCUGCAAUCCUUUCUUAAGCUAUAUUACGAUCAUGGCAUGUAAACUACGCAGAAGUUCUCUCUCCACCACACUACUCCUACUAGUAUUUCUCUCUCCUUUUGUUGUUCUUGUAAGAGCAGCUUCCGUGCUGGGGUCCCAAGGGAGAGCUCUACUCCAUUGGAAGUCCACACUCCGAAGUCCGCAGUUGCUCGCGUCCUGGAACGUCGACUCCAGUCCAUGCAAUUGGACUGGGGUUUCAUGCAACAUCGCACGCAAUGAGCGCUUGGUCAUCUCCGAGAUACAGCUGCCAAAUAUGAGCUUAGCGGGGCCACUUGAUGCUCUUAAUUUCUCGGCGUUCCGAUCGCUUGCCAAUCUCAACCUCAGCUACAACCAACUGAACGGAAACAUUCCCCCUACCAUUUCGGCUCUCUCCAACCUCGUAUCUCUUGAUCUGACUGCCAACAGGUUCACUGGAAGAAUUCCUGUAGAGAUUGGUUCCAUGAAGGCGCUUCAGUUCCUAAAUAUUAGCGAGAACCAGAUAAGUGGUCCUAUACCUCCGUCUCUGAGCAACCUUAGUAGGCUUACAGAAAUGCAACUAGAAAUAAAUAAUAUGUCGGGUGUCAUCCCGGAGGAGUUGGGGAGACUUAGAAAGUUGACCUACCUUGAUCUCUGGGCAAACCAACUCAGUGGUUCCAUCCCUCCUAGUUUAGGAAACUUAACAAACCUCAUCACGUUGGAACUCUCUCAAAAUCAAUUAACGGGAUUCAUUCCUAGAGAACUAGGAAACCUAAUAAACCUGGCGCACUUGUCGCUCUCUAAUAAUAGCCUAACAGGUCCCAUCCCUUCAUCGGUGGGAAAUCAGAGCAAGUUGGAGAUCCUUUACCUUUGGAUGAAUGAAUUGUCAGGUUCUAUGCCUCCAGAAAUUGGAAAGCUGCACCAACUCACUGACUUGGCUCUCCAAAUUAACCAUCUCUCAGGCCAAAUCCCACCAUCACUUGGUAUCUUAAGGAACCUCUUCGAUCUACGCUUAUACGAUAACCAAUUGUCUGGUCCUUUGCCUCCGGAGAUGAACAACAUUACAGGUCUGGCUACUUUUCAAUUGAGAAAUAAUAACUUUUCUGGUUAUUUGCCUCCAGCGAUAUGCAAAGGAGGAGCCCUAUGGUUCCUCUCUCUGGGCAACAACAGCUUCCAAGGUCCCAUUCCCGCAACAUUGAAGAAUUGUACGAGCCUCAAGAAUGUUCGUCUGCAUCAUAAUCAACUGACCGGGGAUGUAUCUGAACACCUUGGGGUAUAUCCCAAUCUUUGGUAUUUGGAUUUAAGCUUCAAUAGAUUGUCGGGUGCAAUCUCAUCAGACUGGGGAAGAUGGCACAAUCUGGAGUCAUUAAGAAUCUCAAAUAACAAUAUCACCGGAGUUGUACCAUCAGAACUUGGACAGCUAUCAAAGCUGGAAGUACUGGACCUUUCUUCAAACUACUUCCAACGAGAGAUCCCAAGGAGCUUGGGCAACCUGGCUCGUCUUUAUAACUUCAACCUGAGCAACAAUCAACUUAUUGGAGAGAUACCAGCAGAGCUGGGAAGGAUGUCCAACCUUGAACUUCUUGAUCUGUCGAGAAACGGCUUGAUAGGAAGGAUACCAUAUCAGAUAGGAAAUUGCAUGAAGCUCCAUUCGCUGAAGCUUAACAACAACAACCUCAGCGGAAGCAUUCCUUUUGAGAUAGGCAAUCUGGUGUACCUUCAAGACGCACUCGACAUCAGCCAUAACUCAUUGACAGGGGAGAUACCAACGCAAUUCGGUAAAUUGUUGAUGUUGCAAAAUUUGAAUCUAUCACACAAUGGCUUGACGGGUAAUCUUCCAUCAACUUUUAGGGAUAUGCGUAGCAUGUUCAUCAUCGAUGUCUCAUACAAUGAAUUGGAGGGUCCAGUUCCCGAUAACAAGCAUUUCCAGGAAGCUCCAGUAGAGUGGUUUGUCCACAACAAAGGUUUGUGUGGGGUUGUCAAAGGUUUGCCUCCAUGUGCUUCAUCUACUGCAAAUGAACACCACGGAAGUAAGCACCACACAGUCAUUAUCUUAUCUAUUGUUGCAUCUAUGGUCGUCUUACUUCUCUUGCUUGUGCUCGUCGGAAUUGCUUUGCGAUUCCAGAAGAGGAAGAAACACACAGUGCAAGCUGUCAAUAAUCCCAUCAAACAGGGUACAUUCUCUGUAUUGAAUUUUGAUGGAAAAGUUGCAUACAAGGAUAUCAUCGAAGCAACAGAAGAUUUCGAUGAGAAGUACUUGAUCGGAACCGGUGCAUAUGGCAGUGUUUAUAGAGCAGAAUUAUCAAGUGGAGAGGUGCUAGCAGUGAAGAAAAUUCACCUGUCCGAACACGAGAACACGGUGGACGAGCAACCCUUUCAGAAUGAGAUAGAAACUCUUACUCGAAUUCGACAUCGCAAUAUUGUCAAACUUUACGGAUUCUGCUCCUCUCCUCACUACAAGUUUCUCGUGUACGAGUUCGUGGAGAGAGGAAGUUUGGGAUCCGUCCUCAGAAUCGAAGCAGCAGCAGCAGAAUUGGACUGGGUGAAGAGGGUGAAUAUUGUCAAAGAUGUGGCUCGUGCUCUCUCCUACAUGCAUCAUGAUUGUGUUCCACCUAUCGUUCAUCGAGAUGUAACCAGCAACAAUAUUCUACUGGAUUCAGAAUUCAAGGCUUGUGUUUCUGACUUCGGCAUUGCUCGACUCCUGAAUCCAGAUACCUCAAACUGGAGCAUGCUUGCCGGCACGCAUGGUUACUUGGCACCAGAGCUCGCUUAUACAAUGAGACUGACCACCAAAUGCGAUGUGUAUAGUUUUGGGGUGAUCACACUCGAGUUGCUAGUGGGAACUUACCCAGGAGAUAUCAUUUCUACCCUAUCAUCUUCCUCCGGCCAAAGCCUGUUUGUGAAAGAUAUAUUAGACCAGCGUGUAUCACUUCCGGUUGACCAAGUUGCAGAUGAAGUAGCUGCAGCUUUAACAUUGGCGAUCCAUUGCGUUGACAUCAACCCAGAAACUCGCCCGACGAUGAAGCAGAUCUUUGAAAAGUCAUCGGCGCAGCCGAGCCCGGCAUCUCUCCUUGCAUUGAAGUUUUCUGAUUUGAUGACUCGAGAAAUAUGAUCAACCAAGUGGACUUCGCUUCCAUCCGAUGCAUCUUUUAUUGGCAGUUGAAAGGUUUGAUAUGUGUGUAGUACAUGGUUUCCUUGUCAAGUUUCUGUUGCUGGUAAAGUUCUUU